GCCUCCACCAUACACGAAACAAUCGGGCGAAGUACACCGAAGCUAAGCCAUACUCUUCACACUGCACCAAAACUACCAAAUCAAAAGCCAUCCAAUUGCUGCUUUCUCAUGGUGAUAUUGAAGCAUUUUUGACAAUCCUCUGAGAGCCCUGAAUCGUUCUUCUCCCCACAAGAAUUAUGCCAUGCAGGCCCUCAAUGCCGUCCGAUUGACGCCGAUUUCAGUUCUUUCUGAGCGGAGAACAGAGCCCAGGAAAAUUAGCCAACUCAAAUCUCCAGCUUAUUCCAGUUUUGGCACCAACCCACCAAAUCUUCCAGAGGGUGUCUCCAGAAGCUUCCAUGGCAGUCUACUGCUUCUGUCUUCAGCUCUCAAUCCCGGGCUUGCCAGAGCUUUGACAUACGAGGAGGCAAUUCAGCUAUCAGGGAGCCAACCCUCUUCUGUGGGGGGCCCAGACCUUGACGUUCUUGAUGGAAUUGUCAAUUUCGUAGUGGAAAACCCUCUUGUUAUAGCAGGCGUCGCCGCGUUCAUAGCAGUGCCUCUGGUUGUGUCUCAGCUGUUGAGUAAAUCUAAGCCAUGGGGUGUUGAGUCUGCAAGGAAAGCUUAUGAGAAACUGGGCGAUGAUCCCAGUGUUCAGUUGCUUGAUAUAAGAGCGCCAGGGGAGGUCAGGCAAGUGGGUAGUCCAGAUAUUAGGGGUUUGAAGAAGAAGCCUGUGGCAGUUGUGUACAGAGGUGAGAAUAAGCCAGGGUUCUUGAAAAAGCUUGCUUUGAGGUUCCAGGAACCGGAGAACACAACACUAUUCAUUCUAGACAAAUUUGAUGGGAACUCUGAGUUGGUUGCAGAGUUGGUAACUGCUAAUGGCUUCAAGGCUGCUUAUGCCAUUAAAGAUGGUGCAGAAGGAAACCGGGGAUGGAUGAAUAGUGGUCUUCCAUGGAUACUGCCCAAGAAAACAUUGAGUUUUGACCUGAGUGGUUUGACUGAUGCUGUUGAGGGUGCAAUUGGAGGGGGACCUGAUGCUUUGUCUGUUACCCUUGGGGUUGCAGCUGCUGCGGGUUUAGGAAUUUUGGCAUUUUCAGAGGUGGAAACAGUUCUCCAACUUCUAGGCUCUGCUGCUCUUAUUCAAGUCAUCAGCAAGAAGCUCCUUUUUGCAGAGCAAAGGAAGCAGACUUUGCAACAAGUUAAUGAAUUCUUGGAUACCAAGAUUGCCCCAAAGGAACUUGCAGGCGAUAUUAAGCAAAUUGGAACAGCCCUUCUACCGCCCACUGUGACUAGCAAGGCUCUUCCAGCACCUCCAGAGGCAAGCCCGGCUGCCCCUGCCGUGCAGAAAGCAGAAGCCAUGGCCGAACCUCCUCCACAAAUCAAUUCAGUCCCCAGAACUGAAGUUAAAUCAGAAUCUCUUCCCGGAAUUUCAAGACCGCUUUCACCAUACCCAUUUUACCCGGAUUUGAAGCCUCCAUCAUCUCCUAGCCCGUCGCAGCCAUAGCGAUCUGCAAACUGAUAUUUCAGGUAAUAAUCUUUGACAGGAAACUGUUCUGCUGGGCAUUCCCUCCCUGCAGCUACUGCAUGAGCAGAAACAUAUAUAUAUAUAUAUAUGUAUGUAUGUAUGCUGCUUCUCUUCUGCAAGAAUUUUGGGGUCGCAUAGCUUGCUCUGCAAACAAAAAUUAGAGUGUAGUGAGUUAAGCAAUUCAUCGUCUCCUACCAUCCUCUUAGUUUGUAUUUCUUGUGUGCUUCAUAUUCUAUUCUGUUGUGUCUUCUGUGUCAAUGUAAAUGUGGAUCUUGUCUUGAACAAUGUAAGAGUUGUGCCACGACUAUAAUUAAUUGUAUCAAGUUAUCUGUAAUGCAAGCAAAGACUAUGGUGUUAAUAUC